UUGUUAGACAUCGCUAUACAACUGUAGGACCAACUCCACAUAGAGGUGCGCGAAUGUGGGAGACUUUUACCAGUCGUUUUGGAGGGAUUUUACCGGGAAAUUACAUACUUAUGUGAGGGAUACUGUACUUGGAUUUACUUUUGGGGGGACGCUAUGUGUCGCCAAAGGAAUAUAGCGGUGUUCAUUGUGAUUUUUGCGACGGUGGCAAGCGUGGAAGUUGCGGGGCUAUCUUGUCACCCCAACCCCUGUAGAAACGGAGCUAACUGCGUCACACCACAAAGGGGCGAAAGCUACUGCAACUGUGGAGAGAAUUUCCUGGGUCAGUACUGUGAAUAUGACAAUCCCUGCCGGCCCUCAGCUAGCCUGUGUAUGAACAGAGGAACUUGUGUGGUGAAACAGAGCAAUGGUCAGAGCCCAACUGCUCAGUGCCUCUGCACCGUGGGUUACGAGGGGACUCUCUGUGAAAUUCGUGAUUCGAAUAGUGCUUGCUUCUACAACCCCUGCGAAAAUGGGGGGACAUGCCAGAAUGAAGGAGUGCUAUCAAACUAUUCUUGUAUAUGUCCAGCAGGAUCAAGAGGUAAACAUUGUGAACUAGUUGAUUACUGUGUGUCACAGCCAUGUCGUAACGGGGGAACGUGCACUGCGUUGCGCAACGGCUACACCUGCACUUGUGCACCGGGCUACACUGACACCACUUGCAUGCAAGACAUAAACGAAUGUGCAGAAAAUGCAAAUCUCUGCCAAAAUGGAGGAACAUGCAAAAACAAGCAUGGAUCCUUUAUUUGCAUGUGUCCGAAACAGUAUCGAGGGAUGUACUGUGAGAGCAUUUUUAUCCCUUGUUCUCCGAGUCCGUGUCAAAAUGGGGGCACCUGCCGACAGACAGGGGAUUUGUCCUCUGUGUGUGAAUGUCCAGCAGGUUUUACAGGAGCAAACUGUGAGAAGAACAUAGAUGAUUGUAUUAACAACCAGUGUGCCAAUGGCUCCACCUGUAUUGAUGGUGUCCAAUCAUACACCUGUAAAUGCCCACCCACUCAUAAAGGACCAUUUUGCAGACAGGAUGUUGACGAAUGCCUGGUAUCUGAUAUAUGUAAAAAUGGUGCCACGUGCAUGAACUCGGCUGGCAGUUACAUGUGCAUCUGUGUGAAUGGGUGGUCAGGCGCAGACUGCAGCGAGAACAUCGACGAUUGCGCAAUACGCCCCUGUUACAACGGAGGCACCUGCCAUGAUAGAGUGGGCUCCUACCAUUGCGAAUGUCCCAGGGGAAAAACUGGCUUGCGGUGCCACCUGGAGGACGCGUGUUUGAGUAACCCGUGUAAUGAAGGGGCGCUGUGCCAGACAUCACCAAUGAAUGGACAGCCCAUCUGUAACUGUAAGAAAGGCUGGUAUGGAAGCGACUGUUCCCAGGACAUCAACGAAUGUGAAGAAAGUUCAGUGUCACCAUGUGAACAUAAUGGCAUCUGUAGAAACACGAGGGGAAGUUUUCGCUGUGAGUGUCAGAAAGGUUACACAGGACCAAGGUGUGAAGAAAACAUUAAUGAGUGCCAUUCUAACCCAUGCCGGAAUGAUGGGACAUGCAUCGAUGAAACUGGACAGUUCAAAUGUGCUUGUAUGCCAGGAUACACUGGCAAACUUUGUGAGGUGGAUAUUGACGAGUGCAACAGUAAUCCCUGUCAGAACAGUGCUCUGUGCAUUGAUAAGCGGGCAGCGUUUGAAUGCAGAUGCAAUCCAGGUUUCACUGGGCCAACCUGUGCUAUUAACGAGGAUGAAUGUUCCAGCAAUCCCUGUAGAAACGGAGGCAGUUGCCAAGACAAGAUCAAUGGUUACCAGUGCAUCUGCACUCCAGGAUUCUCUGGUCAAGACUGUGAGCGGAACAUCGAUGACUGUCGAAAUAUUAGGUGUCACAAUGGACGCUGUGUAGACCUGAUCAACGACUACAGAUGUGACUGUGACAAUGGUUACACGGGCCGUCACUGUGACGCGAAGAUCAAUGAAUGUGCCAGUCUCCCUUGUCAGUUUGGUGGAACUUGCACAGAUUUGGUGAAUGGCUUUGAGUGCAAGUGUCCGCGCGGAACCUCGGGUCGAAUGUGCGAGAAAAAUGUGAAUGAGUGUAAGAGCAAUCCAUGUAGGAACGGAGCCGUGUGUGAAGAUGGGGUCAAUGAGUAUAUCUGCAAAUGUCAACCUGGAUAUGAAGGUGUACAGUGUGAAGUGAACAUUAACGAAUGUGCCUCUAAUCCGUGUGCUAAUGGCGGCCAGUGUACAGAUCAGGUGAAUGGCUUCAGAUGUGACUGCCCAUCAGGAUUUUAUGGUGCCACGUGCUCAUCAGACCGCAAUGAAUGCUCCAGUAAUCCCUGUUUUCAUGGAGGAACAUGUAUGGAUGGAGUCAACAGUUUGGGGCUGGCCAUCCACAUAGUAACAAAGGAUCCACCAUAUAGGUUUGAGUGCAAGUGUCCAGUUGGGUAUGAAGGAAAGCUGUGUGAGAAAAACAUCAACGAGUGUCAGUUCAACCCUUGUACACACGGAGGCAAAUGUGUGGACCUCCUGGGCAAGUACAGAUGUGACUGCAAGCUAGGCUUCACAGGUCCUAACUGUGAAGAGAACAUUGAUGACUGUCUCAGCAAUCCCUGUAUUCACGGACAGUGCAUCGAUGAGGAGAACAAUUAUAGGUGUGAAUGCGAUGUGCCUUACACCGGCCGCAACUGCGACACACAGAUGGACCCGUGCACACCAAACCCUUGUCGUCAUAGCUCCCGGUGUCGCCCUUCCAGCAACUACCUGUCCUACACCUGUAACUGUAUCCAGGGUUACACAGGACCAAAUUGCCAGCUUGAUAUUGACGAAUGUUUGAACUCUAACCCCUGUGUCCACGGACAGUGUCAAAACACAGAUGGCUCGUUCAUUUGUCGUUGUGACAGGGGAUACGAGGGUCGUCUCUGUGACCAGAAUAUCGAUGAUUGUAAUCCAAACCAUUGUCUGAACGGUGGGACAUGCAUUGAUGAGAUUGGCACCUACUCCUGCAGCUGUGUGGACGGCUUUGGAGGCAACCAUUGCCAAAACGACAUCAACGAGUGUGCCUCCAACCCAUGCCGCAACGGCGCAAAUUGUACAGACUAUGUCAACUCAUACACCUGCACGUGCAAGCCGGGCUUUAGCGGUGCCUUCUGCCAGAGGAAUGAUGACGACUGCACUGCAUCGUCUUGCCUGAACGGAGGUACGUGUAGGGAUGGGAUUAACCAGUAUACCUGUGACUGUGCCCCGGGGUACACAGGCUCUAACUGUCAGCGCCACAUCAACCCCUGUGACUCCAACCCCUGCCUUAACGCUGGCAACUGCUUCAAUCAGGGCAGCUCGUUCGUCUGUGAUUGUCCGUACGGCUUCAGUGGCCCGCGUUGUGAGGAUUUUGUGGACUGGUGCUCUCAGAACCCCUGUAAAAACGGUGGAGUUUGCUCCCAGAAGGCUUUUAAGUACAAAUGUACAUGUCAGCCUGGCUGGACAGGUCACCUGUGUGAUGUCGGUCUGAUGUCGUGUGUCGCUGCUGCUAAGGCCAAAGGGGUUUCUGUGAAUGAUUUGUGCCAAAAUGGUGGCCAGUGUCGCAAUGACAGCAAUGCCCACACCUGCAUCUGCCUGGAUGCUUAUGAAGGGAGCUACUGUGAGAAUGAAAUUGAUGAGUGUGCUUCAAAUCCUUGUCAGAACGGGGCGACUUGCCGCAACUUAGUUGGACGAUACAACUGUACAUGCCCCAAAGGUUUCCAAGGGAUGGACUGUGAGCUGAAUGUAGAUGACUGUUACAACCAGCCGUGUGAUAAUGGUGGCACCUGUCAUGACCUCGUCGAUGGCUACCAUUGCUCUUGUCCCCGGGGAACCCGAGGCCUGCUGUGUGAAUUCAACGAGAAUGACUGCUUUGAGGGCAGCUGUUAUCAUGGUGGAAAGUGCAUUGAUAAAGUUGGGGGUUAUGAGUGUGAGUGUCAGCCAGGCUAUGUGGGUCACCGCUGUGAAGGGGACAUCAAUGAGUGCCUCUCCAACCCUUGCAGUUCUCACGGCACCCAGGACUGUGUACAGCUUGUUGAUGAUUACCAGUGCAAGUGCAAACCAGGCUACUCAGGUCGCCAUUGCCAGCAGAAAGUGAAUUUCUGUCAGUCCAAUCUUUGUCAGAAUGGAGCCAUUUGCCAGACUGGACCAACAGGACCGUACUGCGACUGUCCUGCAGGAUUUUCGGGAGACUAUUGCCAGUACCGGUCAACUGCAUGUGCCAGUCGGCCGUGUCUGAAUGGCGGGCAGUGUCAGCCAGACACCCAAGGGUUUGUGUGUAGCUGUCCCCCAGGGGUUGUCGGUGUGUUCUGUGAGGAAGAUGAGGACGAAUGUCGCCAGAAUGUCUCACCAUGCAUCAACGGGGGCACCUGUAGAAAUAAGAUAGCUGGGUAUGACUGCAUGUGCCCUCGAUUUUACACCGGUUUACGAUGUGAGAUCUAUGACGUCCAAGCUUUGCCAGGGAUUGGACGCAAAGUAAGCACCACACCAAAAACCAUCGAAGAGAGUCGGCAGAUCUGUGAGAAAAACAACUGUGCCAGCAAAAGGGGCAAUGGAGUCUGUGAUGAGGACUGCAACAGCUUUGCCUGUGAAUACGAUGGGAAAGAGUGCUCCUACGGAUUGACCCCGUGGAAAAACUGUUCCAAUAUGCAUGAUGGCUCUUACUGUUGGCAAUUGUUCAGAAAUGGUAUCUGCGAUGAACAGUGUAACAAUGAGGAUUGUCUGUAUGAUGGGUAUGACUGCAAGGAAAUCCGGGAAUGUAAUCCUAUCUACAACCUCUACUGCUCCAACCAUUAUGCCAACGGUCACUGUGACAAGGGCUGUGACACUGCCGAAUGUGGAUACGACGGUUUGGACUGCGAUCAGUCCCAGGAAAAGUUGGCCACUGGAACAAUGAUCAUUUUCGCUAUAAUUCCACCUGAGGAGUUUAAGAACAACUCUGUGAAUUUCCUGCGUAACCUAGGUCAUUUGCUGCAAGCAGUAGUAAGGAUUAAGCGGGAUUCUCAAGGUAAUCUGAUGAUUUUCCAGUGGAACGUACCCAGUUCCCCGAAUGUUGGACUGGUAGUGACUGGCCGCAGGAAGAGGGCCAUUCCCACCAGUCCCUCCACACCUCGAGAAGGCUCUGAAGUUCAUUUGGAAAUUGACACGAGAAAAUGCACCAGCAAGUGUUUUGAGAACACAGAAAUGGCUGCUGAAUUUGUUGUUGCUUCUCUGAAACAAGGCUGGAAGCCUGGGGUGGAUAUAUACCGAGUUGAUGCAGAUAGAAAUGGUAUUCCACAACCGAAAACAGAUUUGACGUUUGUGUUCAUUGCUUGUGCGGCUGUACUGGUGAUUGUGGUUAUAGUGGUUGUGGUUUUGUCUGGAAAACGAGCUCGAGGUAUUCAGUGGUUUCCAGAGGGAUUCUUCCUCACGACCUCACAGAAGAAUCGUAACUCUCGUCGCAGACCCGAUGGGGAAGAAAAUGGCCCAAAAGGUGCCUUGCCCAUGGACAAAGUGGAUGCUAAUGACAACAGCCCUGCACUCAUGACUUCUCAUUGCUAUGAUGAUGAAGACCAGCCAAGAGCAAAAGCCAUGAAGCUGGAUCGGGACUCCGAUGUAAAGACAGAGAAGUGUGAUCCAUCGCACACAGACAGUCGACCAUGGACACAACAGCACAUGGAAGCAGCCAACAUCCCCAACCCUGGCAUUAUGGCCUUGACCCCUCCUGGAGAUGAAAAUCAGAUUGAUUGUAAAGAUGUCAACGCGCGUGGGCCUGAUGGCCUGACGCCUCUAAUGCUGGCAUCAUUUCGUGGAGGUGGUCAAGAUGUGUGCGAUGAUGAAAGUGGCUCGGGUUCAGCGUCGACAGAAGGUGGAGAGUCUGAUGAUCGGGAGGUGAUCACAAGUUUACUAAUGCAGGGCGCAUCCAUCAACGCUCAGACAGAUCGCACAGGUGAGACAUCUUUACACCUGGCUGCCAGGUAUGCAAGAGCGGAUGCUGCCAAACUGCUGCUAGACGCUGGUGCAGAAACAAACACACAAGACAACACAGGACGUACGCCUCUCCACACAGCAGUGGCCUCUGAUGCUCAAGGCGUGUUUCAGAUAUUGCUAAGAAAUCGCUCCACUAAUCUAAAUGCCCGUAUGCACGAUGGCUGCACGCCCAUGAUCCUGGCUGCCCGACUAGCCAUUGAAGGCAUGGUGGAAGAGCUUAUCAACGCUGAUGCGGACAUCAACGCUGUGGAUGACUCUGGUAAAACAGCUCUUCACUGGGCAGCGUCUGUCAAUAAUCUUGAGGCCACCCAGGUUCUCCUUCAACAUGGAGCGAACAGAGACUCCCAAGACAACAAGGAUGAGACACCAUUAUUUCUGGCUGCAAAAGAAGGCAGUUACCAAACGGCAAGAAUUCUGCUGGACCAUUUUGCAAAUCGUGACAUCACGGAUCAUAUGGAUAGACUACCAAGAGAUGUUGCAUUGGAUAGACGACAUGGAGACAUUGUUCAGUUACUUGAUGAAUACAAAACAAACAAUCCUCAGAAUGGUGGGGUGCAAAGCGGAAUAAAUGGUGGUGGAAUGGAACACCCAUUCAUGGCACCCACGAAGCACACUAAACCAAAAUCCCGCAGGACUAAACUUGCUAGCCAUGGUGGUCCAACAAAAGAUGGGAAUGGUAAAAACAGCGGGGCAGGAACUGCACAGAAAAAGCCACGCAAAAAGAACACCAGCAACAAGCUGCGUCAGAACGGGUCUCUGGUAAAUGGAGAUGCCAUGUCUGCGCAAGACUCAGUGGAGUCGCAGCGCUACGACCUGCAGAAUUUUGAGAACGGGCAGCUGAUAUUUUCUCAGGCAGACCUGAAUGCUUUGGACAAGUUGCCCUUGCCCUGCGUCAUGACACAGGCCUUGCGGGAUGAGCCAAGUAUGAACUUUGCUGGAGGUCAGUAUCACAGCAAGCCUGGGAUGGACCCCAGCAUGAUGGAGGGUCACAGAGAUUGGCUUGACACGCACGGGCCUUUGUCACAACAGUCCCAGGGGACACCACUCUCGCAUGGGAACCUUCAUUCCCCGCCAAGCCAUCUGUCACAACACAACAGCCCUAUGAUGCUGAACGGAGUUGCGGGAUCCCCCGUCAAGCCAAAAAACUACCCAACCUCACCAACCCAUAUGCAAGCCAUGCACCAGCACGCGCAGCAGAACCAACGGGUGCAGCUGAGCCCACCGAAUGAGUACACCCCUUUCCCUGACCCCCACAUGGAGUCUAGCAUUCCUCUGAAUCCUAUGUACACCCAGGAUAUUCACCAGCAGAAACAGCACCUGGGCACAUCCCCACAUGGCCACCAGAUGAACAUGGUGGCAGAGCAGUAUCCCACGCCUCCCUCCCAGCACAGCCAUUACAGCUCCGAAUCCCCGCCACAACACAUUCUGGCGUCUGCGCUACCUGAACAUUAUCUCACCCCCUCCCCUGACUCACCCGGCCAGUGGUCGAGCUCAUCACCACAUUCCGCUGCCUCUGAUUGGUCAGAAGGGAUCUCCAGCCCUGUCCAGCCAAUCGGCCAACCCAUGCCGAUUCCAAUGAAGAAACAUGAAGGAAUCUACCUAUAGGCCUAAUUCUGAUUGGACAGUUGAUGCAGUUUAUGUAAAUGGUCUGUUCUCCGGACAAAGUUAGUAUAAAUGGCUCUCAUUUGUUACGGAAUGAAGUGUGUCACUGUUCAUGCGUGCCUCACUACUGUUCGGAGAGUGUUGGUGUGCAACAUGGCAGAGCCCUGGAUCCAGAUAAUACGUUUUAUGACUGUGAGAGUAAGCGACCUGGUCAUGCCGGAGUGUUUGUGCGGGCACUUCAUUGACCGUUUACAAUUGGCACAAGUGUGUCACAAGAGAAAGUCCAAUACAAAUGUGUCACAAGAGAAAGUCCAAUACGUAGCUACAGAAAUUGGGAGAAUGCUCGCAAUACUAGACUGUGUACGCUGGUGCUGCAGUCAGUGGUCUCUACCUGUAGCAGAUAUAGCUACAAAGAAGCACAACAAGGACUAACGUGUUUUUUUUACCGAAAGCCAGCAUAAAUACAAAGUCAUAGCACAAAGUGUGGUGUGCUACAUUGAGUAAUUGUAGAAGGAAACAUAUAUGCUGCAUACAUGCACAUAUGCCACAGUUUCGUUAUGUGCUGCACCCUGGAGAAAUUGGGACAUACUCCUCGCAGUGAUGCUACAUGGGUAUGAGAACAAAUUUCUUAGUACUGAAUGCCCAAAAGGCAUGGUGAAAUAACGUGUGACGUUGAUGUUUCUUCAGUGGUGACACUUCAGAAACAUGGCCACAAUAACUGUUGUCAGUCCUCACAGGCUGAGACAUGCAAUCUACGUGUGUGUAGAGGAGCAGAACUGCUGCUGUAGUAAGUAACCAGUGGGUAAUUUGCAUAGAAAAACUGUUGUUGUUUUUAAGAAAGAUAUAUUUAUCAUUGUACAUAGAAGAUGUGAAGUGGCAGUUUUGGUGUGGUCGGAGAAUUGUCAGAGCUUAACACAUAACAAACCUUCUGUCUUCAUUUCACUAUGAUAUUUCAGAUUAAAAAGAACGCUGGUACAAGAAACUUGAGUGCUGUGUAAACAUCUGUCAUAAAUGACUUUUCAUCUGCAUUUUGGACUUGGCAUUGCAUUCGAUCUUAAAAAAUCAUUGUCAUCUGUUUUAGUACACAUUUUUAGAUGUACGUUGUGUUAAUCUGUCACAUCAUUUGCAGUGACUCAAUCAUUUCAUGGGGUCCAGUGUAUCGGUCUCAGCACUGGUGCCAGGUACUGAGUAUUGCUUGCUGUACCAGUUCUGAAAUAUUCAUGUACAAGAGUGUCUAACUAUUAUGUGAAGACGGACAUGACAGAUGUACAUGUACGCGGGACAGUUACCCGUUGCAUUGCCCAUGGCCAAGAUCAUUGUCAUAUAGCUGGAAUUCAGAAACAGUUAAUCACGUCAUGUUGAAAAUAUUGUUUGACAGAUUUGUACUUGUGUAUUUUUCUGGUCAAUUUUGUGUUUGUUUAAUUGUUUCAUUUUUGAUUGAUAUUAGAGUUUGAGAGAGAUUUUUGUCAUUUCCAUAAAUGGCGUGAUGUGUAAAAUGUAUUUAUAGCUCUGUUCAUUUGCAUGCUAUUUGCUGCUGUAUUCGUAUUUUUCUUGUUUUGAUUUUUUUUUUGUAUUUGUAUUUUUUUUAUACAUGUAAUUUAAAGUGUACAUAGAUUUUGUGCAAAGGUACACCCUUUCUUGUUUUCGUGGCUUCUGUUGUUAACUACGGCAACCAGUAACACUGCAAUUCAGUAGAUUUCAUCUCAUGGUAACUUCCUCAAAGUCAAAUCAUUCAACAAAAACGCAUACAAACCAUCAUUGCAUUUAUCGUAAUUCCAGUCUACUAAAUAGAUCAUUUGUAUGUUCACAACCUUUACCCAUCCGGAGCUGUUGGACGACCUGUUUUUCCCCUGAUGUUGGGUUAACAUUUAAGAGAACACUACUUUCCAUAGUUUUUUUGUGGAAUGUUUUUUUUUUAGUAAUUUUGUACACGUUUGAAAAUACUUUUACAUGUAUAUUUUUAUACAAAAUGUUGUUAUAUAGAAAGUUGAGCGAUCACCCCACCGGCCUUAAUUUUAAAAUUCGAAACCUAAAUGCAUCGUGUAUGUGUUAUUGUGGAGGGAUUUGUCACCUCGGUACAAGUUAAUAUUUUUAUACUUAAAACAUGCUGAGUAUUUUGUGCUAGUUUAGCAAGCAUGACUUAAGUGAAGCAAGGGUAAUUUGCUAUCCAUGUUGAGACAAUAUUUCUUACUUCUAGAAUCUAACCAGCAGAACAAAGCCAUGUUUGCGAUCAAAACAUAAUUUGUCUUUUGUGUACAGGGAAUGAGCUGACUUAGCAUGCAAGUCACAUUUAAAAAUUCUCUUUAAGUGUUACAAGGGUAAAACACUGGAUCAAAGUUGAAAUUUCUAUUUCCUGAAAGAUAUAGUUCAACAGUUAGUUGUAACAGCUGUUUUUUUUUUCAUGUGUGUAAUGAAGAUCUAAUUUGUUCUGUGAUUGAUAAUGUCCAUUGUGCACUUUUCUGAAUGUGACACAGAGUUGUAGCAUUGAGUAGAGCCAGGUCUAGCCUGAACACAUGUUCAUUCAGCAUCUAUAUUGUACAGAUUUUUACCUGUCCUUGCAUGGAGUAUUUGUAAACCACCUUAGGGUUUUAUCUCGGCUGUGUUUCACCCCAGUUAUGUUUCACAUAUGCUGUAGUUGACCCAGGAUCCACCUUAAUCCGAGUCUAUCAGUGUGUAUGUGUGUAUUUCACCUAAGUGCCUAUAUGGACCACUAUAAAUGAUUUCAUUUGUGUAUAAAAAAUAAAAGCGUUAUAUGGUCGUAAUUGUCUUUCUAUUUCACAUAGUCAAGUCACCUGCCAAUUAUAUCUAUCCUCAGAAAUAAAGUCACUGGUAACACAAGUAA